AUGGAUUAUACUCGCUGGCUUCUGAUAUUUUCAACAUGGUUAAUCAUAUUCUCCUUUGUUCAACCUUCCUCGAGUUAUAAUCCUACUCAAGAGCUGAUCGAUGCGAUUUGUCACAAAACACCGGAUUAUGGAUUCUGCAACGAUGUUUUUAACCAAAACCUUCAUCAUCUCAGAAUAAAUACUAUUGGUCUAACUCAAAUAGCCCUAAAUCAAUUACAAAAAAACUCGACCAAUACGCGGAUUUUCAUACAGAAGAAAGAUGCUGCUGAAAAAAACAAAGAAAUAAGGCAUCUUUAUGAAAUCUGCAAUGCUGAUUAUGGGGCAGUGCUGAAGGUUUUGGAAAAAGCCAUGAAAGAAUUUGCAAGUGGAAAUUACAAGGUCAUGUUAACUUAUAUAUCUAAAAGUGAAAGGCCUGUAAAUGACUGUCAAAACAUUUUUGGUGGCAACAUUGAGAUUGGAUUGAAGGAAAGAAGUAGGCAGGUGAAAAUACUUGUAAGCAUGGAAUUCACUGCUGGGAGUCUUACUGGCCUUUAA